GAAUCAUUUUCUAUGUUUCUGUUCAUUUACCUCAUUGAUCUACUAACAAUAAUAAAGAUUGACGUUUAGCAGAUGACGUCAAGAAAAAUGUUCAAGUUAUAUAGAGAAAAAUAUUGACUUAUUGCCUAAAACUAUCAUUAAAUUUCUGGCUUUUUAAUUCUAGUUAACGAUUACAGUAUUCUUAAUUCUAUUUUUUUGUGUAAAAAUGUUGAUUCUCAACAAAAUUAUUCGCUUUGGAAGUAAUAUAACAUUACAUUUUAACCGUAUACCAAUAUUCCAAAGAAGUUUAUCACAUUACCCAAUAGACGAUAGAUUUUUUGGAUUAAACGAAGAACAAAUCCAGCUAAGAAAAACUGUCUUCGAUUAUGCACAAAGAGAGUUGGCUCCAAAAGCAGCUGAAAUCGAUAAAACUAAUACUUUUCGUGAUUUAAGGAAAUGUUGGCAAGAAUUAGGAUCACUUGGUUUACUGGGGAUAACUAUUCCACAAGAAUUCGAAGGAACUGGUGGCAGUUAUAUGGAUCACAUAUUAGCCGUUGAAGAAAUAUCACGAGCAUGUCCAGCCGUAGGAUUAAGUUAUGGAGCUCAUUCAAACUUGUGCAUGAACCAGAUUCGUUUGAAUGGCACACAUGAACAAAAAAAGAAAUACUUACCUCCACUAUGUAGAGGUGAUGCUGUUGGAGCUUUAGCCAUGUCAGAGCCAGGAUCGGGUUCGGAUGUAGUUUCCAUGAAACUAAAAGCUGAGCGUAAAGGUUCGCAUUAUAUUUUAAAUGGCAAUAAGUUCUGGAUUACCAAUGGUCCUGAUGCCGAUGUGCUUGUGGUUUACGCUAAAACAAAUCAAAACGCCAAGCAACAUGGAAUAUCAGCUUUUAUCAUUGAAAAGUCGUUUGAAGGAUUCAGCACAGGUCCUAAGUUAGACAAACUUGGAAUGAGAGGUUCAAAUACGUGUGAACUAAUAUUUCAAGAUUGUAAAGUCCCAGUCGAAAAUUUAUUGGGAGAUGAAAAUAAAGGUGUAUAUGUUCUUAUGAGUGGACUAGAUUUAGAAAGAUUGGUGCUUGCUGCUGGUCCGGUUGGCAUAAUGCAGUCCGCUGUAGAUUUAUCAUUUGAUUACGUACACUCCAGGGAACAAUUUAACCAAAAAAUCGGAGAGUUCCAAUUAAUACAAAGUAAAAUUGCUGAUAUGUACACUAAUUUGAGUGCUUGUAGAAGUUAUUUGUAUAGUGUGGGAAAUGCAUGUGAUAAAGGUCAUAAAAAUAGCAAAGAUUGCGCAGGAGUUUUACUUUUCUCUUCCGAAAGAGCAAUUCAAGUAACUUUGGAUACCAUUCAAUGUUUAGGUGGAAAUGGUUAUAUAAAUGAUUAUGCUUCUGGUAGACUUUUAAGAGAUGCCAAACUCUACGAUAUUGGAGCUGGAACUAAUGAAAUAAGAAGGCUUGUCAUAGGAAGAUCACUAAAUAAAGAGUAUGCUUAGUUAAAUAUUUUAGCAGUCAAACUUGUAGAUAAUGUUGAAUUAAGAAUGAAAGCUAAAAUAAAAAUUUGGUAAAGCAGU